CUCUCCUUCUUUACUCCCCUCACUACGACACUUGAAAAUUAUCGAAGCUUCAUCUCGGCCUCUCCUCAACGAUAAGCGAUAUCUCGAUUCCCCACCACAAUCUCUCCCUUUUUAAAAAGCCCCCGUUCUUUCUCUCUCUCCCUCGCUAAACUCAAACCCUUAUCGAACUCCGCCAUGGCCUCCGCCGCGGGCUCCGCCGCUGACCCCCGCCUCUCCCUCCACGUCGCCUCCAAGAUCCACGCUGUGUCUGCUAAGUUUGGCAAAGGGCCGAGGGGAGUUGCGUCGAUGGCGAAGAAGAGUGUCGGGGAUCUCACUGCCGCUGAUCUUAAGGGGAAGAAGGUUUUCGUUAGGGCUGAUCUUAAUGUGCCUCUUGAUGAUAACCAGAACAUCACUGAUGAUACUAGGAUUCGAGCAGCGGUGCCGACGAUUAAGCAUUUGAUGAGCAAUGGGGCUAAAGUCAUCCUUUCUAGUCACUUGGGACGCCCAAAGGGUGUUACCCCAAAGUUCAGCUUGGCUCCUCUGGUUCCUAGAUUAUCUGAACUCCUCGGCAUCACGGUUGAAAAAGCAGAUGACUGUAUUGGUCCAGAGGUUGAGCAGAAAGUUGCUGCACUUCCAGAAGGUGGUGUACUUCUUCUAGAAAAUGUAAGGUUCUACAAGGAGGAAGAGAAGAAUGAUCCAGAAUUUGCGAAGAAACUUGCAUCACUUGCUGAUCUUUAUGUUAAUGAUGCAUUUGGAACUGCUCACAGAGCACAUGCAUCUACUGAGGGAGUAACAAAGUUCUUGAAGCCAUCAGUUGCUGGUUUUCUUCUUCAGAAGGAGCUUGAUUACCUUGUUGGAGCUGUCUCAAGCCCCAAGAGGCCAUUUGCUGCAAUUGUGGGAGGUUCUAAGGUGUCCUCCAAGAUAGGAGUGAUCGAGUCACUAUUGGAGAAGUGUGACAUCCUUCUUCUCGGUGGUGGAAUGAUAUUCACCUUUUACAAGGCACAAGGCCUCUCUGUUGGUUCUUCACUAGUGGAGGAGGACAAACUCGAGCUUGCAACUUCACUUCUUUCUAAGGCCAAGGCCAAGGGGGUUUCUCUCUUGCUGCCAACUGAUGUAAUUAUUGCUGAUAAGUUUGCACCUGAUGCAAACAGCAAGGUCGUGCCAGCAUCUGCAAUACCCGAUGGUUGGAUGGGACUGGAUAUUGGACCAGAUUCAGUUAAAACAUUCAAUGAGGCAUUGGAAACAACCAAGACAGUUAUUUGGAAUGGCCCUAUGGGAGUGUUCGAAUUUGACAAGUUUGCAGUUGGAACUGAGUCCAUAGCAAAGAAAUUGGCAGAGCUCAGUGGAAAAGGCGUGACAACAAUCAUCGGAGGGGGAGACUCAGUUGCUGCAGUGGAGAAGGUUGGAGUAGCUGAUGUGAUGAGCCACAUAUCCACCGGAGGUGGUGCCAGCUUGGAACUUUUGGAAGGAAAAGAGCUCCCAGGAGUUCUUGCCCUAGAUGAAGCUGUGGCUGUACCUGCAUGAGGAUAAAAAUUUUACACCCGAACUUUCUAUCUCUUGCCAUUCUUGUGUUUGUUGUACUUCUAGUGAAAACUAGGAACCAUUGUAAGAAUUCUUGUUUAGAAACCUCGUUUGGUCAAUUUGAGAGAAUUGUUUCUUUCGAUAGAUCACAUUUCUUGUAUUUUGGUGUUAAUCCAUAUCGACAAGUUGUCGUUUGCAUCAUGCAAAUAAGAGCAAGUGCAUGUUUCAGGGUAUAUGCUAUUGUAUUAUAUCUAGACAUUGGGUUGUUCUUGGCAUCAUGCAAAUAAGAAUAAGUGCACGUUUCAGGGCUUAUGUUA